UAAACCCUUGCUCUUCCUUCCUUCACUGCCUGCCGGCUGCCGGGCACUAGCUGCCGCUUCAACUCUUUCAUUCCCAUCUCUUGCUGCUCUUCCCGUCACUUUGACCUGCCGCCAUUACGACCCGUCUUUUCUCCUCUCCAAGUACCUCCUUCCCCGGACUCCUAUAGCCCACUACACUUCCUCUGGCAAUGAUCGUUUUGGUUUUGGUUUUGGCUAUGGGCUUUGUCUAUUCACCUUGAAAACCCUUAUACCCAACUUGCCACUACACCAUACGUGAACUCUUUUGGUUCAGAAACAAUACAUUUAAGAACAUCGCUACGUGAAUUCAGCUUAUGAUGCCACGAACCACCACUGUGGAGUGUCCCGGCUGCCCUCCGCUUCGAGCCCUAACCUUCGACGCUCUAGGUCUCAUCAAAGUCACAGAGUCUCGAGGCAACAGCGGAGGAAUUCCUCAGGUGGUGGAAAGAUGGGGGGAUGCCGAUUCCUCAAAGUGCGUGCUUGCUGCCUCUGUUGAUGAUCGUGCAAACGACCCAGUAUGUUGUAAAAACUGUAGCUUCUUCUUGGGUUUUCAAGUUUUGAUUUUUAGUAGCUUUGCUGGUUCUGGGGAUUGUUGUGCUUGCUUCUCUGUUGCACUUAUCAUCUCUUACACCUUUGACUGUUUAGUUUUCCAUUCUCUGCAGAUACUAGCUGUUGCGAGGAAAAAUGGCACUAUUGAAAUUUCCAAUCCUCUUAGUGGUGACAUUUUUGUGUCCAUAUCUGAUUUUGGUGACGGUGAUGGACACCCUGAAGAUGAUGAUAUUGCUGUUUUACAUAUAUUCAAGAAGCGCAGAUUGGUGGGAUCAUGCUCUUUGCUUACAUGUACAACCAAAGGCAAUGCAAGUUUGAGGUCAGUCGACAUUGCACCUACAGAGAGCACCAACAAUGGUGCCUCUAAUUCGUGGAAAGUUUGUGCUGCUGGUAAUGUCUUAUGUGCUAAAGUCCAUGGAAGUGAAAAACAUGCUUUAUUUGGAGGGAAAGGCGUUGAAGUUAAUUUGUGGGAUCUUGAGAGCUCUACUAAGAUUUGGGCGGCAAAACCUCCUCCCAAAAACAGCCUUGACAUCUUUACCCCAACAUGGUUUACCUCUGCAACAUUCCUGACUGGGGAUGAUCACCGGAAGUUUGUGGCUGGCACAAACAGCCACCAGGUCCGUGUCUAUGAUACUUCUGCUCAACGCCGACCUGUGAUCUCUUUUGAUUUUCGGGAGACCCCUAUUAAAUCAGUUGCUGAAGAUCAUGAUGGUUAUACUAUUUAUGUGGGGAAUGGCUCUGGUGAUCUUGCGUCUAUCGACACCCGCACAGGAAAAUUACUAGGUUGCUUUCUGGGGAAGUGUUCUGGAAGCAUAAGAUCCAUAGCCCGACAUCCAGAUCAUCCGGUGAUAGCAUCAUGCGGUCUUGACAGCUACUUGCGUUUAUGGGAUGUGAAAACAAGAGAACUUCUUUCAGCUACUUUCCUGAAGCAGCAUCUCACAUGUGUCGUCUUUGAUUCCAAUUUUUCUGACAAAGGUUAGUGCUCGUUCUUUAGUUUGAGAGUGUCUGCUGGGAGAAUUAGCAUUAGUAUUUGCAUCAUCAUCUAGGACAGGAGAAGAUUGUGAAGCGAGCAUAGAUAGAACUUGAUCAUGGAGAAGUUUGAGUGUUACUUUUGUCGUGUCUCAAAGUAUCCAUGCAACUAGGGCUGCAAAUGAGCCGAGUUGCUCGUGAAAAGCUCGUGAAGCUCAUUCGAGAAAAGCUCAUUCGAGACUCGACUCGUUUAUUAACUAGCCGAGCUAAGCCUUGUUCAGCUCGUGAAGCUCGCGAGCUAACUUGAUUCGGUGGCUUGUCGAGGUAAACUCGUGAGCUGACUUGUUUAUAGAUCAUGAGAUGUCUCACAUUGUGGCUAGAGAGCCAACUUGAUUACCGACUUAUGGGCGAAUCGAUCUAUAUCUUAUGAGUUUAAUUCAUA